AUGGCAGCUAGGUCAAGGCAAGCUGCGUUGGAUGACAUACAGGGAGAGUAUAGGAAGCAGUACAAGAGGAUUGGUGAUUACUGCUAUGAGUUGCUAUGUGCUAAUCUAGGAUCAUCAGUGACGCUCAAGGUACAGAGGGCAACCUUCAUGUCUGAUCAACAGAAGGGACUAUUGCCAGCUUUCGAUAAAGUGAUCCCAGGUGUAGAUCACAGAUUUUGCGUGUGCCAUAUGUACAACAACUAUAGAAAAAAAUUUUCUGGACUGCAAUUGAAGCAAUUGAUGUGGAGGUGUGCAAAGGCUACACACUGGAAGGAUUGGGAGAGAGAAAUGGCAGUGGUCCAAGUGUCUAGGAAAAAGUCCAUUAUUACUAUGCUAGAAGAAAUAAGGGUGUACCUAAUGAGUAGAUGGGCUGUUAAUAGAAAAAGAAUUCAAAAGUUCAAUGGAACAAUUUUACCUCGAAUUAGGAAGAAGAUAAAGAGAAAAGGUAGGGCAGUCGGUGAGUGGAGGCCUUACUGGUCUACUGCACAAACUUAUGAGGUUGUCAAUGAGUUCAGCAAAUAUGCUGUUGAUUUGUCUCUUCAUGAGUGUUCAUGUAAAAAAUGGCAGCUAAGUGAAAUUCCUUGCACACAUGCCAUCAGCUGUAUAAACUUCAAGGGUCUUGAAUUGGAUUCGUAUGUGGAUAACUGCUACAAGAGAGAUGCCUAUGUCAAGUGCUAUGAAUCGAUAAUCAAUACUCUCAAUAGCCCAGAUAUGUGGGAGCACACUAACUUCGAUGAUGUCAUGCCACCACUUUAUCGGAAGCCUAGCCACAGACCAGUAAAGAAAAGGAAAAGAGGACCUGAUGAAUCAGAGGCUAGAUGCCAGACACACUUGUCUAGAAAGGGACAAAUACAGAGGUGUUCAAAGUGUGGUGCACCAGGUCACAAGAGAGGAAGGUGCAACAAUCUACCCCUCCCUGCCCAACUACCUAAACAAACUGCUGCCAAGAAAACUAAUGAAGGAAGGAAGAGAUCAAUUUCACAACCUGCUACCAGAGGGAGGAAGAGGUCUAAACCACAAGGAAAGUCAUCAUCACAGCCCUAA